GGCAAACGCGCACCUCAAAGACCUUGUAAGGUCUUGCACAGGAGAGAGGAGACCCCAACAUGUUAAAAGUUGUGAGCAAGGUUCUGACAAACAUCUGAACUUGUGGGUGCUUUUCCAGAUCCUUGUAGCUCCUUAUUACUUGGCUUCUGUAAUGUGUCUAAAAUCAGUAAGCACUGUGUCAUUCUGGAGUCAGGGAGCCUGCAUGUGUACGCUGGUUAUGCUAUCAACACUGAGCACAGGAAUUGCGUUGCUUUGGUGUUGUGCCUUCCUUCUUCCCACAUCUGCCAUCACCUGCGUAGCUGGCAAUACCAUUGCCACACCCGCCGGCACCACCACAGCCACUAAGCCUACUACAACUGGGGCCACCACUACAGCUCCCACCACUGGCAAUUCACAAGACACAACUGCAAGAGUUAUCAAGAUCAGGACAGCAGCCAUCCCUACUGCCACAGCCACCACUAUCAGUCCUUCCAGAGCUGCCACUAUUACCACAGUAAUCACCAGAAGGACAAACAAAGCCUAAGCAGGAAGUGAAUGAUUAAAAGCUCCCAUACAUACAUGCCCUCCCUGAUGCAUGCAAUUUAAUUUUAAGGUUCUUUAAUGAAUAUAAAUUUCUGUGCGCAUUUCAUUAA